AUGCCCGACUCACCGAGGGUAUCCACGUCUCCCAUUAUUCACACUGAGGAGAACAACAAGGAGGAUGCCUUUAUUAGCGUUCCUGAAAAUAAGUCCACCCCAGACCCAUAUCUAGUGAGCUUCGAUGAGGACGACCCAGCCAAUCCAAAGAACUGGUCCUUUGCCAAAAAGUGGUACCUUACCCUCGCUGCCGGUCUCCUGGUCCUCAAUGCCACCUUCUCGAGUAGUGCCCCAUCCUCUCUAGUACCCACUCUCAUGCAUGAGUUUGGGGUAUCACGGGAAGUCGGAACGUUGACUGUUUCGCUUUUCGUAUGCGGUUACUGUGUUGGCCCUUUACUUUGGGGACCGUUAUCGGAGCAGUACGGACGACGUCCAAUAUUCAUCAUCUCUUUCUUCCUAUACAUGUGCUUCCAAAUUGGGUGUGCGUUGUCGCAGAAUAUCGCAUCCGUCUUAAUUCUCCGUUUUCUUGGUGGUACAUUUGCAGCCGCCCCUUUAGCAAAUUCAGGCGCUCUCAUAUCAGAUAUCUGGGACGCAAAGGGACGCGGCACUGCUCUCGCGAUUUUCACUGUGGCUCCGUUUGCUGGACCAGCCAUUGGUCCAGUAGCUGGCGUCUGCUGGUUGCUGAUUGUUUUCACUAUUCCUGAGACGUAUACCCCAGUGCUUCUUGCCAAGAAAGCUAAAGAGGUCAGGAAGCACACCGGGGAUGAGAAAUAUUAUGCCGCCAUGGACCUGCAAAACUUCACACUUGCCCAGCGCGUGGAAAGCAUUCUUGCUCGGCCUUUCAAAGUUCUCGUUACUGAACCAAUGUUGAUUGCCAUAACUCUAUACAUGAGCUUCGUCUAUGGCUGUAUAUACCUGCUUUUCGAGGCUUAUCCUGUGGUUUUCACCAAGGGGCACAACUUGAAUGCGGGUGUAUCUGGACUCAUGUUCCUUCCGCUGCCCAUUGGCGGCUUUAUUGCAGUCGUAACUUACAUUUUAUUUUUUAACCCGAGUUACGAGCGCAAAGUCCAGGAAUGCGCACCAAACCCUGUGCCGCCAGAAUUCAGAUUGAGGAUUGCCAUGGUUGCAGCGCCGUCCUUUGCCAUAUCAUUUUUCUGGUUUGCAUGGACAUCAUUUCCUAGCAUUUCGAUAUGGGCUCCGAUGACGUCGGGUGCAUUACUAGGAUGGAGUAUUUGCUUCAUAUUUCUCGCCCUGUUCAACUAUAUCAUUGAUGCAUAUUUGGCUCUCGCUGCUUCGGCGCUAGCUGCAAAUACUGUCGUUCGUAGUCUGUUCGGUGCUGGAUUUCCUCUUUUUGCCACUCAGAUGUACGAUAGGCUUGGCCCUGAAUGGGCUUCGACACUGCUGGGUUGUAUCGCCCUGAUCAUGAUGCCAAUUCCCUUCGUCCUGACAAAAUACGGCCCAAUAUUGAGACGCAAGUCAAAAUAUGCUCCUUCCGCACCACCACCUUCAAGCUCCCUGGCAUAA